UCGACCACCCGGAACAUCCUCUAGCGGACCGAGAUACCGGAAGUUAGACGUUCUUGGCGUUCAUGUGGGUCCAUGUUGACAACAGAAAGUGUUUCUGAACAAUUGUAUUAGCAGUGAUUCAGAGAAAACAAACAAGCUUCAACAUAAAACAUGUCCGACAACGAAGAUAAUUUCGACGACGGUGAUUUUGAUGAUGCCGAAGAAGAUGAGGGAUUAGACGACCUGGAAAACGUCGAAGAUGGGGACCGGGAGAACGUGCAGAUCCUGCCCGCAGGAGAGGGGCAGCAGGCCAACGCGAAGAGGAUCACAACACCUUACAUGACCAAAUAUGAGAGAGCCAGAGUGCUCGGGACACGAGCUCUCCAGAUAGCGAUGUGCGCUCCAGUCAUGGUGGAGCUGGAGGGAGAAACAGACCCCUUGCAAAUAGCUAUGAAAGAGCUCAAGAGCAGAAAGAUCCCAAUCAUCAUUCGCAGGUACCUUCCUGACGGGAGUUAUGAGGACUGGGGCUGUGAUGAGCUCAUCAUAACUGAUUAAACAACUCAUCCGGUUUGAACUGAUAAAAUAAUUUAUGCUGGUUCACACCCACCAUCACAUCAGGUCAGUCAGCCACACAAACCCAGAAGAAUGCCAAGGCCGGUCCAAGAAUCACCCACCUGUUCACGCCUCGAUUUGAUCCACAAACAUCCAUCGCAUCAGGUGACUCUGUGAGUCGGUGGAAUAUGAAUGACUUAAAUGUGCUGAACUGACACUAGAAGACUAAUUCAAAUCAAAACAGAGAGACGCUUGCAGGUUUAUGACCUUGUGAUCUGACUUGUAAUGUUUUCACUUUCAUUGUGUUUUUUGCAUACGACUCGAGAUACAAAUCUACAGUACAUCUUUUAAAGUUGCAUUAUAACGAAGAGCCACAAGGGGGAAAUGUAACUUAAGUCAAAGAUGUACGAUUGUGUGUAUGAUUAGUGUACAAGAACUGUUUUGUUAUUAAUAAACUCUU